CACCUUUAAAAAAGAGAACUUAUAUGAUUUAAGAUAGAGUUUAUUGACAAAAAUAUAUUUAUUCUUUUCUUACAAUUCAAAACCGGCCCUUUUAAAAAAUAAAAAUACAAUUCUUCUCCCUUCCACUCACAUGUGAAAUAAAAUUCUUCUCCCUUCCACUCACAUGUGAGGGUUGAUCCAGUGCGCCUCCAACUUACCCAUUAAUGGAACUUUUCAAAAAAGACAUGUUAAUAUUAUAUACAGCGCGCCUAAAGUUGAAAACUUCAAUUGGCUUACAAAGAUUAAAAAUAAAAAUAAAAACCUCCAAAAAGAGACAAAGUCAAUCACUCCACCUCUUCUCUCUCUCUCACUCUUGACCCAACGCCUAGGGGGUUUACUCUAUAUAAAUGCUGCAACUGAGCAAGGAUAGAAAACCAUAUCAACUCUUCCAAACAUGUCUUCCUCAAAAACAUUCAUGACCUCCUCUUUGUAUGUUCUAUCCUUUGCUUUCCUUCUCCAAACUGUCUUUGGAGCUGACCCUCUCUUCCAUUUUUGUUCAAGUUCUGAAAACUUUACCACUAAUAGUCCUUAUGAAACAAACUUGAACAAGCUCUUGGGUGAUCUCUAUUUCAAAGCACCUCCUACUGGUUUUGGUGUUGGUUCUGUUGGGCAAUACCAAUACGAGGCCAACGGCCUUGCCCUUUGUCGCGGCGAUGUUUCAAACACGGACUGCAAAUCUUGUGUUACAGAGGCAGGUAGUGAAAUUCGCAAACGCUGUCCAUAUAACAAAGGAGCUAUCAUAUGGUAUGAUUACUGUCUUUUAAAGUACUCAAACACCGACUUCUUUGGCAAAAUUGACAAUCAGAACAAGUUCUAUCUCUAUAACGUGAAUAAGGUAAGCGAUCCGGAGUCAUUUAACCAAAAAACAAAGAAGUUGUUGAGCCAGCUAUCAGAGAGAGCUUAUUUUACUCCAAAAUUGUAUGCCACUGGAGAGUCGGAGCUCGGAGAAUCUAAGAAACUAUAUGGGUUGGUUCAGUGCACAAGGGAUCUUUCAAGCACUGAUUGUAAGAAGUGUCUUGAUGGUGCAAUAAGUGAACUUCCAAGUUGUUGUGAUGGGAAGGAAGGAGGGAGAGUUGUUGGUGGGAGUUGUAACUUUAGGUAUGAGAUUUAUCCCUUUGUCAAUGCUUGAAGCAUUCAUAUAACUAGGAAAUUAUAUAUUAAGAGUUCUCUAGCUAGGGUUGGGGACUCAGAAAUAAUACUCCACUAUAGAUGAAUAAGUGAUAUAGGAACACAAUUAUGUAUCUCACUUUUGUGACAGUGGAUUGUAUAUCAUGUGUUUUGUUUUUUUGUUGCA